AUGAAGAGCGAUAAACAUUUACCUCCAGAGGCACCUGCAUAUGGGUUCCCGUCUGCACCGUCAGAGGCACCACAGGACUGCCAACCUCCUGGUUAUUCUCAACAUGAAUAUCAUAGGUACGAUUACUCCCAAGCCACCCAAAACGUAUUCCCACAGCAAACGCAGCCCCAACAGGUGUAUACUCAGCACCCAUACCCACCGCCGGGUUACGCACCACCGCUGCAAAGCUUUGGCUCCCUGCCUCAACACAACUAUGGUCUGCCCGAGCCGCCACAACCACCACCGCAGAGCAUAGUUCAAGUGCGACCCAGUGGCUGUUUCAACCGCGAUAAAACCAAUAGGCCGCAAAUGAAUGUCUUACGUGCAGCUACGCUCAUCUUCAUCUCGGGCGGUAUGAACAUUGCCUGGAGCAUUGGAUUCCGCAGAACUGUUUACUCUUAUCUAACAACGCAUCUGCGCAUAGCUUGGUUCAUUGGUGCUAUUAUUGGAGCGGCAAUUAGCGGCUUUCUUCCCAAGGUGGUCCCAAAGAGGGCGAUCACGCUAUUUUGCUCGAUGCUGGUGCUUAUUAGCGGUAUAUUGAAUGCCAGCACCCAUCAAAAUAUGGAUGCUCUGACGGCUGCUCUGUACUUAAAUGGCAUUGCUAAUGGAUUGGCAUUGGCUCCAACACUGGCGCUUGCCGGGGAGUUGGCCGUCUUUUACAUGCGCGGAAAAAUUUGUGCAGCCACUGAGCAGCUGAGCUUUAACUUGGGCAUUUUUUUGCAAAUCUUAAUAUCCACCACAUUGAGUACAAGUUAUUAUUCAGAUGGUUCCAAUCCCGAGCGCAUAAAUGGCAUUCUCGCUGCAGUGUUUGGAUUUCUUGGACUAUGCUUUGCCACACUGCUGUUCAUCGAGUCGCCGGUGGAUUUAUUGGCCAGUGGACAGGACCUUGAAGCCACCGAUGCACUCCGUCGCCUGCAACGUCCCUAUGUCGUGAAUAGUGAAGUGUAUGCUCAGCUGGCGGAGCACAAGCUUUAUGUUGCCGAAAACAAGGAACUGCCACCUGAGCAAAGCUUUGUUCAGGCAACUCCAGCCUUUACAAAACUUUGCAUACUUCGUGCUCUUAAUGCCAUCAGCAUAUCCAGCUUCAUGUUCUAUGCCGUGCUGGUAAGCGCAAGUACCUCUCACAACUAUUGGGAGACGAGGUGGUCUUAUAUCCCAUUUGGCGUCUGUCGUCUGUUGGGUAGCAUCAUAGCCUGCUUUUGGAUGGACUCGAUCGGACGCAAGAAGUCAACUCUUCUUGGGCUCGUCGCAUGUGGGGGCUUGGCAUUUGGAAUAGCCAGUCAAUUCCAUCAUCCGCUCUACAAUGGAGUUACAAUUAUGCUAGAUAUAUUUCAGUUAUUUGCUGGCGUGGCUUUCGCUGCCUCCUCUGCAUACCUGGCCGAGGCGUAUCCAUUAAUUGUUAAACAGCACUUUAUUAGCGUAACCUUCAUUGUCGAGCUGCUGGUGCUUAUUAUCAUAUCCACUUGCGACAUCACUAACGAUUUCUUUUACGUUAUCGGUGGCAUCUACCCGGCCGUCUUCAUAUUGGCUAUGUGGUGCCUGCCUGAGACACAAAGAACUACACUACGCGAGUCACAAAAGAAAUUCAGAGGCUGCUUCUAAUUUAGACGACAACACAAUGCGUUGAUAUAAAUACAAUAAUAAAAAAUAUAUAUGCGUAAUAUUAUUUAAAGUUUAUAUCACGAACGGACUGUAAUUUUGUUAAAGUAUUGAUUUAAUGCAUAUCUGAUAAUGUGUCU